AUGUCUUUUGAUCUCCCGGAGAAACAACAUCUACAAAGUGUAUCCAGAUAUAUCAACGCAACUACACCGCCACGCUCACAGCUACACCCGCCACGCUCCACCCUACACCCGCCACGCCCACACCUACACCCGCCACGCUCACCUACCGCCACGCUCACAGCUACACCCGCCACGCUCACAGCUACACCGCCACGCUCACACCUACACCCGCCACGCUCACAGCUACACCCGCCACGCUCACAGCUACCCGCGCUCCCACCACCCGCCACGCUCACAGCUACACCCGCACGCUCACACCUACACCCGCCACGCUCACACCUUCCCCCCACGCUCACAGCUCACCCGCCACGCUCCAGCUCCCCCACGCUCAUACACCGCCGCUCACACACCCGCCACGCUCACACCUACACCCGCCACGCUCACAACUACCCCCACGCUCACACUACACCCGCCACGCUCACACCUACACCCGCCACGCUCACCCACACCCGCCACGCUCACAGCUACACCGCCGCUCACAGCUACACCCGCCACGCUCCUUCCACCCGCCACGCCACAGCUACACCCGCCACGCUCACAGCUACACCGCCACGCUCAGCUACACCCGCCACGCUCACCUACACCCGCCACAACCUCACCGCCGCUCACAGCCUACACCCCACGCUCCACCUACACCGCCACGCUCACACCUACACCCGCCACGCUCCACCCCACCCGCCACGCUCACACACACCCCGCCACGCUCACAGCUACCCGCCACGCUCCAGCUACACCCGCCACGCUCACACCUACACCGCCGCUCCACCUACCGCCACGCCCACCUACACCGCCACGCUCACACCUACACCCGCCACGCUCACACCUACCCGCCACGCUCACAGCUACACCGCCACGCUCACACCCACACCCGCCACGCUCACAGCUACACCCGCCACGCUCACAGCUACACCCGCCGCUCACAGCUACACCCGGUACACGAGCCCAGGUUAA